AUGCUGUCGCCUCUGACUGUGACGUUCGUUCAGUCGACAUUCCUCAAUGCCCUGUCGAACAUCCUAGCACAGCUAAUCGACCAGCGCAACAACACCACGCCCUUCGCGCUUAACACCUUAGCGCUACUGCAGUUUGUCACAUAUGGCAUCCUGAUCGUGCCAAUCAAUUUUUACUGGCAACGCGCCCUGGAGGCGCGUUACCCUGGUUUUCCAUCGCGCGCUGAGAUAGGCAAUGUCUUCCGGUGCUCAUCGCGGUCUUGUUCGUUGAAAUCAGUGUUUUCAUCCAUUCGUUCUUUAUUUUCUCCGUCCGCCUCGGAUGAUACCCUUCCGUCCAACAAGGAUAAGGAGAAAUGGGCACCUCGAGCUAGGAAGUCUGGUCUGCAUAGUUUUAUGAUGAAAUUCCUUCUGGAUCAGACGGUCGCGGGCGCUAUGAACAUUGUGCUAUUCAUCGUCCUGAUCCAUUUCUUGAAGGGGGAGACCUUGAAGCGGUUGUGGGAUUUGGUUUUAGAGGAUUUCCGUCCUAUCAUGAUUGCAAGAAUGAAGUAUCGUCCUGUUGUCUCUACUUUGAUGUAUACCGUCAUACCAGUCGACCGUCGGGUCGUUUUUGCCAGUGCUUGUGGGGUCAUCUGGGGUAUUUACCUGAGUCUUUAUGCAGCGGUCUAG